AUGGCAUCAGGCUACAUAUUGGGAGGUCCCAUAUCGACAGGACUUCAAGAUCUUCGCUUCCGCACGCCGCGCCAUGCACCACGCACAGCUUUCCGCGCCAAGCUCCGCACGCCUUUACCCAAUCGGCGUAAUGGAGUCCAAUCAGCGGCGGCUGCAUCUGCGGCCGCAGCGGGGGACGCCGGGGAUAAUGGUUCCGGAGCGGCGCCCAGCCUGACCGCAGAGAUGCAGCGCCUGGCUGACACGGUGACGAGCCAGGCCAGUCGGUUCUGGGCCUUAUCCGGCAAGUUCAUGCCGAUGGUGGGUCUGUUCUUCAUGUUGGCCUUCGUCAACACUAUCCUGGACAGCCUGAAGGACACGUUGGUCAUUACGGCGGCGGGGGGUGGAGCGCAGGUCAUUCCCUACUUGACGGUGUAUGCCGUACUGCCGUCCUCGCUGAUCUUCCUGCUGCUGUACUCGUACGCAUCACAGCGGUUUCGGAGGCAGGCCCUCUUCAACGGCAUCGUGGCGGUCUUCAUGACGUUCUUCGUCGCCUUCGCCCUCCUCCUCUACCCCAACCACCACCACCUGCAUCCUGUCGGCUGGGCCGAGGGCCUGGCCGCCACCCUGCCCCUAGGCUUGGACGGCGCCGUGGGCAUGAUCCGCAACUGGACAUUCACGCUGUUCUUCUGCAUGUCGGAGCUGUGGGGCGAUGUGUGUCUGGGGCUGCUGUUCUGGGGGCUAGCCAACGACACCACGAGCCUAGCGGACGCGCCCACGUUAUACCCGCUGUUCGGGCUGGGUGCGAAUGUGGCGCAGGCGCUGGCGGGUUUCGUCCUCAAGCACCAGCACCAACACCAUCGAGGUCAGUGGGGCAGUUUGCCCUGCUCUGCUCCAAUCGGCGCCCCCCUGCCCUCUGUGAAAUGUAGUCAGCAAGGGUGCGAGUGUGUGUGGCAAGAGACUCCGCCCAUCCCCACGGGGCCCUCCCGGGUCGUGUUCAUGCGUAUGUAUUUCUUCUCCGGGCCUGCCUCCCAUGGCGCGGCCUCCUUCACAAGUGAAGUACAGUCCCUCAUGGGUGUCGUACUGGUCUUCUCUACGCUAGCACUCGUCCUCCAUCACGCCAUCUCCGUACGGGACAACCGACAACGACUCGAGCGGCGGCAUCAGCAGCAACAGGCGGCGCGCGCCGGCCGCCGCGCAGCCGCCGCGGCGGCGGAAGCGGCUGCAGCGGCAGCGGACGCGACGCCGCGCAGUUUGGAAAACCAGAUGCAGCCCCUCAGCGCCGCCAACCGGCAGCGCCGACGUCGCCGGAUUCUGCUGCGGCGGCGCACCCUGGCCUCGUCGGUCCCCAUCCGCUGCCUGGUGGUGAUGUCUAUGGCGCAAGGGCUGUGCACAAACCUGAUGGAGUUCGCCUGGAAGAGCCACAUCCGGCUGCUGUACCCCACCCCUGCGGCCUUCACGUCCUUCCUGGGGGACGUGUCCACGUGGCAGGGGAUUGUGACGGCACACUACCCCCAGCAGGCGAAUGUGAGUACGUGGGGCGGUAAUGUCAGUUUGUUGAUGGUGCUGUCUCCCACCAUGUUUGAGCGACUGGGCUGGGCAGGUGUGGCGUCAGCUACCCCCAAGAUUCUGUUGUACGGCGGUGGACUGUUCUUUGCGACGGCCAUGGUCUACCAGUUUGUGCUGGCGCCCACCGGCAUGGGCCUACUGCAGCUGCUCGUGUACGGCGGCGCACUGCUGUACGUCUUCAGCAAGUCCGCCAAGUUUUCUUUGUUCAAGCCCGCCGAGGAGAUGGUUUACAUCUCCCUGGACGAGGAGGGACGUACUAAGGGCAAGGCAGCCAUCGACGUGGUCGGCAGCCAGGCCGGCAAGAGCGGGGGCAGCGUGCUUCAACAGGUACUGCUGUUGCUGUGUGGCGGCGCCAUCGCCGGUCAGCUGCCCAUGAUGGUGGCGGUGUACCUGGCUAUGAGCCAGUCCUGGCUGAGGGCUGUGGCCACGCUGUCGAGAGUCAACAACUACGGUCACGCCAGCAGCGUCCAUGCGAGCAUGCAGGACGAUUCUAUGGACCACCACACGGACUUGGGGGAGAAGACGGGGUCGGCGGAGGUGGAGGUGGAGGUGGAGGCGUUUGGAGGACCUGACAAUGGAAAUGGUGGUGUGGCGGGGAUGGCGAGCAGCAGCAGCAGCAGCAGCGGCAAUCUGAGCAACGGUGACCUCAUAAGCGCCAACAGAGGACACAGUAGUAACGGAAAUGGUAACGGUAACGGUGUUGCGGCGGGAAAUGGGAACGGAAGCGUGGUUUAUGGAGCUCCGAUGGUGCAGGAGGCGGCGGUUGUGGCGGCGCAAAACGGUUACACUAACGGUCACGGAAACGGGUAUCUCAACGGCCAUAGCGCCAAUGGUUACCAUAUGGCGGGAAAUGGCCAUAACGGCAUUAACGGAUACAGCAACGGUAACGGCUAUAACGGAAACGGUCUGAACGGCCACAACGGUCAUACCAACGGCAAUGGCAAUGGCAGCGGCUACAGCGCCAUCCCGCGCGAGGUCCAGCAGCCCGCGGCGGCAUAA